AUGGAGGCAUCAUCUUCCUUGCGCUUCCAAGUUUCUGGUUUUAGUUUGCCCAAGAUAUGGCUAUGCCUUUUUCUGGUACUCGUUCUUCAGAACUGCAGCCCAGCACUUUCAGAUUCACCAUAUUUGGUUGGUAUGGGGAGCUAUGACAUAACAGGGCCAGCAGCAGACGUUAACAUGAUGGGAUAUGCAAAUUCUGAGCAGAUCGCUUCAGGAAUUCACUUUAGGCUAAAGGCUCGUGCGUUUAUCGUUGCUGAGCCUAACGGCAAGCAUGUUGUGUUUGUAAAUCUUGAUGCUUGCAUGGCAUCACAGAUUGUUACAAUAAAGGUGCUUGAAAGGCUCAAAGCAAGGUAUGGAGAUCUUUAUAAUGAGAAUAAUGUGGCUAUCAGUGGAAUCCAUACGCAUGCUGGUCCUGGUGGUUACCUGCAGUAUGUAGUUUAUAUUGUCACAUCACUUGGGUUUGUUCGUCAAUCUUUUGAUGUGAUUGUCAAUGGAAUUGAGCAAUGCAUUGUUGAAGCUCACAACAAUCUCCGUCCUGGGAAAAUCUAUGUGAACAAAGGUGACCUCCUUGAUGCCGGUGUGAAUCGCAGCCCAAGUGCAUAUCUAAAUAACCCCGCUGAAGAGAGAGGCAAGUAUAAGUAUGAUGUUGAUAAAGAAAUGACCCUCGUCAAGUUUGUAGAUGACGAAUCUGGUCCAGUUGGGAGUUUCAAUUGGUUUGCAACCCAUGGAACAUCUAUGAGUCGUACAAAUUCUUUAAUAAGUGGUGAUAACAAAGGAGCAGCUGCACGUUUCAUGGAAGAUUGGGCAGAACAAAAUGGCAUUCCAAAACAGGCAGCUCAUGGAAAUCAUGGUGGUUUGGAAUCUUUACACAUGACCUCUGGACUUCCAAGAAGAGUCUCUUCGAUAAUUCCUGAACCAAACGAGAUAACUGAUGACUUAGUGCAAAUGGCGUCAUCCUACGAAGCCUCAGGUGGCCGGCGAUUAUCUGGUUCAAGUAUCACCAGGCGCAUUAGAAGCCCUCAACAAAACAGACCUAAAUUUGUUUCUGCAUUCUGCCAGUCAAAUUGUGGUGAUGUUAGUCCAAAUGUCCUGGGAACUUUCUGUAUAGACACUGGCCUUCCUUGUGACUUCAAUCACAGCACAUGCAAUGGGAAGAAUGAACUAUGCUAUGGACGAGGACCAGGAUAUCCUGAUGAAUUUGAAAGUACCCGUAUCAUUGGCAAUAGGCAGUUUCAAAAGGCUGUAGAUCUUUUUAAUUCAGCUUCUGAAGAAAUACAAGGCAAAGUUGACUUUAGGCAUACUUACCUAGAUUUCUCACAACUUGAAGUGAAUAUUCCUACAAGUACAGGAGGUCAGCAAGUUGUGAAAACAUGCCCAGCAGCCAUGGGGUUUGCCUUUGCCGCUGGAACCACAGAUGGUCCUGGAGCUUUUGACUUUAAACAAGGAGAUCCCAAGGGAAACACUUUCUGGAGGUUAGUAAGAAACUUACUUAAGAAACCAGGGAAGGACCAAGUCCAAUGUCAAGCACCAAAACCAAUCUUGCUAGAUACUGGUGAAAUGAAGGAACCAUAUGAUUGGGCGCCUGCAAUUCUUCCAAUUCAGAUCAUAAGAAUUGGCCAGCUGGUUAUCUUGUGUGUCCCUGGAGAAUUCACAACAAUGGCUGGCAGGAGGCUACGUGAUGCUGUCAAAACUGUACUUACAAGUGACAACAGUGGUGAAUUUAAUAAUAUUCAUGUUGUUCUUGCGGGGCUAACAAAUACCUAUUCUCAGUAUAUUACAACCUUUGAAGAAUAUCAGAUCCAAAGAUACGAGGGAGCAUCAACGUUGUAUGGCCCCCACACCUUGAGUGCCUACAUUCAGGAGUUUCAGAAACUUGCUACAGCCAUGGUUGCAAACAAAGAGGUCCCAACAGAUUUUCAGCCACCAGAUAUGCUGGACAAGCAAAUAGGACUCCUCCCAGGUGUUAUGUUUGACUCCACACCUCAUGGGGUGAAGUUUGGAGAUGUCAGUUCAGAUGUUCCUGCAAACUCAACUUUCAGUAAGGGCAGUAUUGUGAAUGCUACAUUCUAUUCAGCCUGCCCAAGGAAUGACCUUCUUACAGAUGGUACAUUCGCAUUUGUUGAGAAGCUGGACGGUAGCAACAACUGGGUUCCUGCCUAUGACGACGAUGACUGGUCACUACGCUUCAAGUGGUCAAGACCUUCAAGGUUGAGUUCAAGAAGCUUUGCAACGCUGGAAUGGACCAUUCCUGAAGAUGCCCCAUCGGGUGUUUAUAGAUUGAGGCAUUUUGGUGCCUCCAAACCACUGAUUGGGUCCAUCGAACAUUUUACAGGGACCUCUCGGGCGUUCGCAGUGCUUUAG